CCAAGUUAGUAAGUUUCACUUAUAAUUCUUGUGCUUGCACAUAUUUGAUUUGAACAGUUUGAUGGAUUUUAUUAACUUGUUAAUUACAUGAAUCAAGAGCAAUACUUAUACAUCAGAUCUCUAAAAGGGUUACCCAAAUACUCCCUUUUAAGCACCAUGGAGUUCCAGUAUCAUCACUCUUUCAUCCCACUCGUUCUAUCUUUUUUAUUGCAACAAAGAAGACUGUUCAUGUAUAUGAUCUGCUGAUCUGCUGAAGCAACAGCUCAUGAAAAAGCUUGAUACUAAGUUGCGUGAUGUAUCAUCAAUUGCAGUUCAUCCUGCUGGUAUUUCUCACUGGUUUUUCACAGAUUUAAAUUUAAUUUGUUAGCACCAUUUCUUGCUCCCUUUCCUCAAUUAUCCACUGAAUACAUGGACUUGCUUUCCAUGCUGGUGAUAAUGUUAUUGUGGGGAGUAAAGAAGGAAAAUUAUGUUGGUUUGACAUGGACCUUUCUUCCAAACCUUGCGAAGCCCUCAAGUGUCAUCCUAAUGACAUUACAAAUGUAACCUUCCAUCUUUCAUAUCCCUUAUUUGCAUCUUGCUCGGAUGACUGCAUGGCAUAUGUUUUUCAUGGCAUGGUUUAUGCUGAACUUAACCAGAAUCCUCUUAUUGUACCCUUAGAAAUUCUAAGAGGGCAUACAACUUCAAAUGGAAGAGGUGAGUGCUCUGACUUUUAUGAAUUUUUUCUCCCUAAUAAAUAGACAACAAAAAUGUGGAUUGCAAGAGUAGCAAGAAAUGGAUGCGCUUAAGCUAAUGAAAUGGAACUUGCCUAAGCAUACAUGGUUAACGUGGGUACUGCCUGUUAGGAUUUUAUAUAUAUGACUUUAGGAUUAUCAAUUGCAGAAUUCAUAUGUGACCAUUAAUCGACAUACAUAAAAGCUACUUUUGUGACUGAUGGUUGUUGCAUUACAGGAAUUUUG